UCUAUAUACGUCACUCUAACGCGACUUCCUCAAGAGACAAUCGAAAGUGUGGAGUUUGAACGAGUGGCUGAAAAACUAAUGUUUCAGCUUUAUUUAAACCUCAAAUGUAAUGUAGUCAGUUUUAAAACUCAGCUUCUGUUAUUAACUGAAAAUAUCAACAGCCACCGAUAGUUAGAACAAUCUAAGAGUCAGAUCAACAGAAACAAAAACACGGAAAUGUCUGCUGUAACUGCGUCGCUCUGCUCGACUUUGCUGAUUGUCGGUGUCUUCGUGUUUGUCUCUGCAGACCAGAAAAUCAUCAAAGCUGAAUCUGGACAGAAGAACGUCACUCUUCCAUGUCGAGCUCCAAACAACAGCAGCAGCAUCACCGGUGUAGAGUGGAGCAGAGCUGACCUGGAAGAUGAAUAUGUGCUUUUGUACAAGGAUGAUCAGCUUGAUCCAACCAACCAGCAUCCAUCUUUUAAGAACAGGGUGGAUCUGCAGGACAGACAGAUGAAGGAUGGAGACGUGUCUUUGAUUCUGAAGGAUGUGAUGAUUAAUGACACUGGAACAUACAAGUGUGAGGCCUUCAUUAGAGGAACAAACGUGAGGAAGAGAGCUAAUCUAGUUAGUGACCCCAUCAGCAUCGUCACACUGAAAGUUGAUCCUCCAGGUCAGACAGGAGGAGACACAGGAGGAUCUGUUGGACUGAUCGUCGGUCUGAUUGUUCCUGCUUUGCUUCUUGUUGCUGCUGGUGCUGGUUUUCUGAUCUAUAGAAAACAUAAACAACAAAACCGAGAUUUUAACUAGCAUCCUGAUGAACAUCAGCAAGUUUUAAUUGUCUCAGAGCUUCUUUCAUGUUGAUGCUGGGUAAGAGAAGCCUACAUUAAGGCAGAAAAGCAGGAGUGAACCACACUGAAGAAACUUAAACACUAGAGUCCAAGUAGAAAACCAGAAGAGUUGCUUCAUUCCAAAGAGACUCCACAGCUGAGACCAUGUUUAAAUAAAAGCUAAUGUCCCAGAAGUACAAAGGAAUAAAAAUGGAAAAUCAAUUAUUAAAAGUUGCAGGUUAAAAAUAAAUAUUGUCCUAAGUCUGUGGGAGAGAAAUUAAGAAGAAGAAGAAAUUAAACCUAAAGUCAUCCAGGAAGGAUUUUGGACUUUUUUCCAUUUUUAAUCAGCAGGCUGAGAAGUUGACAGAAGAUACUGAAUAAUGUUGGAAAAUGUGUUAAAGUGUGUUAUUUACUUCUAACACUGAGCACUAUUGGUUUCUGAUGUAUUAUUAUUAUUAAUAGUAGUUCAGUUUUGAUGAUGUGUGGUUUGAAACACACACAGGUCUUCAUCAUUUGACUGUAUGUUGUUCUGAGGCAGCUAAAUUAGUUUGUAGAGAAAAUGAAUGUCAGAUUUGUGUUUGUGGUUAGCCGCUCAUAUCAGCUCAACAUUUUAUACUCUUGACAUUUCUGUGGACAGACAUGAGCUCAUAUUUUCAAACAAUAAUUAAGACAUCUUAAAAUGAAUACAAAUACAUUUCAGUUUUUUCCCAAACAACAUAUUCUGUUUUUGAUUGAACUUGUUUGAAGCAAAAUAUUAUUUCCACUAAUGUCAGGAAUUUACAUUUUUAUGGUUUGUUUCUCAUCAGUUUUCAGAGGUUAGUGCCCUGAAAGUUACAGGUUCAGCCUCUGUUUUUAAAGUCAGACUUCUUCUGUGAGGCUUGAACCAAACAAACUGAUCCUCAUGUGCAGAUCAACUGUUACAUAAUUACAGACACUAACUGAUCAGUAAUCAGUCUGAUGGUGUUCAUUUGGAAACUAUAACUGAAUGGAUGUUCUGACAGUGUCAUGAAACCAAAGAUAGAAAUGUAACAGAUGUUUCCUCUGAUCUGUGAAGAUUCAUUGAACUUUUCAUCCCAUGAACACUUGUGUUGUUUGUUUUCUGGUUGUUACUGCAGUGGAAAUAUUUCAAGAGCUAAUAAAUUGUUUACAUAAAUAGUA